AUGCCUCCUAAAAGACAUAGAAAAAACAACCUUCCUCUUCCUCUUCCAGAAGGAAUAAUCCUGAAGGAUACUGAGAAGAAAGAGUGGCGACUGGGUCGUAUGAUUGCCCAGGGAGGGUUUGGACUGAUCUAUCUAGCUUCCUCUCGCCUUGAUAUUCCUGUAGAAGAAAGUGCAGCACAUGUCGUUAAAGUGGAAUACCUUGAGAAUGGGCCAUUGUUUUCUGAACUGAAAUUCUACCAACGAGCUGCAAAACAGGAGUGCAUCAAGGCAUGGAUGAAGCGCAAACGCUUAGAUUUUCUAGGAAUUCCUAUCUUCUGGGGAUCAGGCCAGGCAGAACACAAUGGCAAAAGUUACAGAUUUAUGGUGAUGGAAAGGUUAGGAGAGGACCUUCAGACCACCUUUGAACGAAAUGGGCGAAGGUUUGACAAGGGAACUGCUUUUCAGAUUGGGGCACGAAUGCUGGAUAUUUUGGAAUAUAUACAUGAAAAUGAGUACGUUCAUGGAGACAUUAAAGCGGCAAAUUUGCUUUUCGGCUACAGGAAUCCACAUGAGGUUUAUCUUGCAGAUUAUGGACUCGCCUACAGAUAUUGUCCCAAUGGGAACCACAAAGAGUAUCGAGAAAAUCCUAAAAAGGGCCAUAAUGGGACAAUAGAGUUUACCAGCUUAGAUGCCCACAAGGGAGUAGCACCAUCCAGACGAGGGGACCUUGAAAUCCUGGGCUACUGUAUGCUGCAGUGGAUUUGUGGGAAGCUGCCCUGGGAGCAGAAGCUGAAGGAUCCUGAAGCUGUCCAAGCAGCAAAAACAAAGCUUCUGGAUGAACUCCCAGAUUCAGUGACCAGGUGGGCUCCUCCAGGAACAAGCUGUGGUGAAAUAGCCACGUUUUUGGAAAAUGUUAAUCAACUAACAUACAAUGAAAAGCCAGAGUAUGAGAUGCUGAGGAAAAUCCUCUUGAGCAGCCUAGAGCACAGAGGACACUGUUCUGAAACUUUUAAUUUUACCACUGUUACAAGUGCUCUGACUGAACAUGCAGCUAACCCCCGGAAAACAGAUUUGCCAAAGCUGAUUCCAAAACCGGAGAAAAAAGCAAAAGAGAACAAGCAGGAGAACAAGAAACUUGCCUAUCAGAGAAAAGCCACUGGGAGAACACAAGAUGAGCAGCUGCAGGCCCAAGUGAGCAAACCUCUUCAGAAUCAAGUGGAAAGAAAAGAACCUCCACCUGGGACAUGUCCAUUCCACAAGACUUUCCAGAAAGUUGAAGAAAAAUCCAUACAAAAUGGAAUUACUUAUUCACCAGUCUGUCAACCUUUGUCUAGCUCUUCCAGGUUCAGCGCUCCUGUACUAAGUGAAGAACUGUACCAAUAUAUUAUAGCCAUUGUUGUUCUCCUAUUGUUGAUACCGCUUGCUUUGUACUUCCUUUGA